GAUCUCCGUCCCCCUCAGAACACCAUGCUCAGACCUGGAACCUUUCUGCUCUGUGGCUGCAUCACAACAUGCAUCCUUCAGCUGGAGUAUUUAAGGCUGCGAGUGGGGAGAGCUGCAGCAGAGAAACACUAGUCCAGCAGAGGCAGCCCCGGAGACACUGACGCUGGAAGACUGAGCUGAGACCAGAAAAGAAAAAUGCUGCCAGCAACUUUCAAACUGUGUGCCGGGAUCUCCUACAGGCAUCUGCGCAACAUGACCGGCUUGAGAAGGCAGGCGGCUGUUGCCAUCAGCCAGGAACUGAAUAAACUCGCCUUUGCUGGCCCUGGUCCCAGUAAAUGGAUCAACCAAGUUCGCAGGAGGAGCUCCUUACUCAGCUCCAGGUUGGAGGAGAAGCCCUUCAGUGAAGUGGAGAUGUCCUACAUUAAACAGGGAGAGGAAGCCCUCCAGAAAUCGCUCAGCAUCCUCGGGGACCAGGAUGGCUGGAAAACUGAGACCAUAGCGGGGAAUGGGGACAAAGUGCUGAGCAAGAUGCUCCCAGACGUUGGGAAGGUAUUCCGGCUGGAGGUGGUUGUGGACCAGCCCUUGAACUCUGUGUAUGAUGAGUUGGUGGAAAGAAUGGAGCAGAUGGGAGACUGGAAUCCAAGCAUCAAGGAAAUCAAGAUUCUCCAGAAGAUUGGGAAAGACACCGUGAUCACCCAUGAGACUGCUGCGGCCACGCCUGGCAAUGUGGUGGGGCCACGGGACUUUGUCAGCGUGCGGUGUUCUAGAAGACGGGGCUCUACAUGUGUCCUGGCAGGGAUGGCCACAAACUACGGAGCGAUGCCAGAACAGAAGGGAUUUAUAAGAGCUGAGAACGGUCCCACCUGUAUGGUUCUCCGUCCACUGGCUGAAAAUCCUUCGCAGACCAAGUUAACCUGGCUACUCAGCAUUGACCUAAAGGGCUGGCUGCCUAAGACGAUAAUCAACCAAGUACUCUCCCAGACCCAGGUAGACUUUGCCAACCACCUCCGCAAGCGUUUGGCUACCACAGCCACUCCAAUUGCUGUCAGCUGCUGAAGCAGUCGUUGCUGCACCCUAAAGAACUAUUAACUUUCGGUGGCAUUUGCAUCUUCAGGGACAGCCAGAAGCCUACCUGAGGUUUAGAUUUCGCCUCAGAGGUGAUUAUCCCGUGUAGUGUGUUAUCUGAGACAUGCUUUGGGGCUUUUUUUGGGUAAACGAAUGGGUUCAGGUUUUUAAUGCCACAUUGAGUUCAACAAUGGGCACUUAGGCCUCCAACCACCACCCCACUGGGCUCCCUUCUUAGCUGAACAUAUCAGAUCUGUUGGUGUAGGCAACCACUUCAAAAUCCCCCAGAAGGUAUGUUUAAGUGACUGACUGAAAAGGCUACUGCUCUGUGUGAUUACACAUAGGAGGAUUCAGUGUUGCUGGCUGUGUGCUCUGCAACAGCUUUUGAUAGUUUCACAGCAAAACUACUUCUGAUCAAACAGGGGCCUUGACUUCAAGGCACAGAGUAGAACACUCAGCGAGAGCUCCAGCUUAACCCUCAGCUUCCACUUUUCUAUUUCUCUCAUAGGUACUUUGCUGUACAGGAACACUCUUUAGCCUUAAGAUCAGAAGUGAGUUACAGGUUUGGUAUCUUGCAAUAUCCCAAAAUCAAUUCCUGGGCAGAUCCUAUUAUUGAAUUGUUAGUGCAAAGGGAGAUCUGCCAAUUUAUACCAAGAUAGCUUUCGGUUUCAUUUAAAUGUGCUAAUGUAAGUUACAUUCUUUGCUGACUGAAAAGAGCAGCAAAGUAACUAAGUAGCCUGCUCUGUUGAAUACAACUGGAUCACAGUAUUUGAGGCAGUCAGCAUGUACUUAUUUCCCCCCCCUUUCAGAGGGGGCUGUGUAACUUGUCUUGUUUUUUAAUAGGCUGGAUAGUGGCUGACUUGAUUUCUCAUAAGACACUUUAUACAGUUAGAGUAGGACAGUGCAUCUUUGUAAGCUUACACUUUUACCUAAGAACCCAAUACACCAGCAUUAGUUCUGCACUCAGUGGAAUUCAGCUGUAGGAAGUUAAUUUAUAAAGCCAGUUUGCAGGUAUUUAUUUUCUUGUAUAGACAUGCAUAAUGGACUAUUUAAUAUUUAUUCUCAGUGACCAUGGAGCUCUAAACAAGUUUAUUUUAGUGGGUGGGGGUUCCUUAUCCACUAGGGAAAUCUUAAACAAUGCUUGUCUUACCUUGUAGUAUAAAGCAAUAAUUGGCUUCUCUAGAACCAACCACUUCCUGUGCCCUGCUGAGAUAAGACUGUUGCUAUGCAGAACACUAAAAUAUUUGCAAUGUAAUUCUGUAGUAGCCUAAUGUACUGAUGUAGUUUAAAUAAUCCAAUGUGAUGUAUAGAUGCUGUUAAAAUAUAUAGCUGAAAAAUUAAAAUUCUUGCCUAGCUCUCUUUAUCCAGACCAUAGAGUGCAAAUAUAACAGCUUCAUAAAAAUCCUUACUCUCCAUUCUUAGUAGUGUUAUCUGUAAGAAACCUGUGAGUGGGAAGAAGACUUGUAGCAGAACAUAUAUUGUAAGACAACUGCUGUGUGGCAAAGAGACAAACCACUGUGAUUAGAGACAUACUCCUCCAGGAUAAGGUAGUGGUUUAGUAACUUAUCUAAAUUGUUGAGGCUGUACAAGAUAGUAUGCUUAAAAGCCUGGCCCCUGGAAUUUAAUCUUAAUUCUGCUUGCGCUCUCUACACCUACUCACAACAAAAUAAACCUUUUAUUUUGGCCUGAAAAGUAGCUUACAGCUGUUGGUCUCUCCAAGUCAAACCUUAACUUACAUCAGGUGGUCACAGUGCUAGUGAAUAGCCCCUGCAGUAUGCAUUUACACUCUGACUCCUACACAGGACAAGGAUGUUGCACUGUUUCCUACAAUGCCUGGAGAAAGGGGGGUCAAGCUAAGAGCACAUCACAAACUUCCCUAGCGUAGGUGGUGUGCCAGAUCAAGGCUCUUAAGACUUUAGCCAUGAAACAGACAAAAGCUCUAACAAGUUUGGGGAAAGGUUUUAUUUUAAACUGGUUGCCAGUUAAUAUAAAAAUCACAAUCUCUCCCCCC